AUGUGGAGUCAUACAGCUCCCAUUCAGCAAUUCACUAAUACUUUUCCGAGGAAAAAGAAAUACAGAGUAAGACCUAAAAAAGUCACAUGGAUAACAAUACUUACGUCACAUUAUCAAUCCGGUAACGUAACUCCAGCCAGAAAACUAUCUCCUAGACUGGCACAAACGAUGCCCGUUACACCAGAAAGAGUAUUCAGACCAUUUACAGGUACAAAUAUCUCUUUCAAUCAAGAAGAAAUGAGAUUGUUAGAACCAACACCAGAAUUUCAAGAAACAAUGAGACUUUAUAGAUCUCCAUCAAUACUCCAGCAACUACAAAAUAAUAUACUCGAACGCGAACAAGAUAAAGUACAAAUUAAACAAGAAAAGAAAGAAGAAAAGAAACCAAUCAAACAAACAAUUGAGAAAUCAGAUUCAUUUAUUUCAAUCAAUCUAGAUGACGAUUACUAUUACAACACUGAUGAUACUCCAGAAGAAGUUGAACAACCUGUAAUCGAACAAAUCUUCGAACUAGGUGAAGAUAAUUCAGUUAAAUACCUUAAAAACAGUGUUUGGAAUCACUGUCAUGAACGCGAUAACCCAUACAGCUCAAUGAAACUAAGAAAAUUAAAUGGAAAAAUUAUUCCAACGACAUUCGGUCCAGUUAUUGAUCUUGUACCUACACAAGGUCAAAGGAAAGUCAGAGAUGCCAUCGAUGAUAACUCAGUUGAAGGAGAUUCUCUCAACGGUUUUUCGAAAGAUCAAAUUUUGACAGCUCAACAAAAAAUAGAAGAAAAGAACAUCCAACAAGAAAUGGCAACAACAUAUUGCGGACAUAAAUUGAGAAGUUAUAUCGAAGGAAAUGGCAUUUCUGCACCAAAAUUUUUAGAUGAUUUGGAUUUCUCAAAAAGUGCAGCCAAUCCAAAGAUAAAAGUAAAGAUCCCAAGAGUUCCCUCCAGAAAUUCAAGGCAAGGAUUGAAUUAA